GUCGCCAGCAUCGUCUCCACGAGACCGUUGGUCCUGGUUCGGGUUCGCGCUCUAACCUCUUGUGUACGCUCUUAUCGUUAAACAACGGUGAAAGUUGGUACCCAGGCACUUCGCCACGCUGAAUUCGCUUACCGGACCUACGGUUAAACUUUCACUUUCGGUCGCCGGAACGAGCGAUGUCUUCGCACUUUUCUCCUCGCCAGAACUUCGAAAGCACCGCUAGUCGCAACGACAACAUGCCCAAGAUGUCUGUGCUGGCGCAGUUCGAUGAUUUCUGUCGAAGAGUUGCUACCGAUGACGACGAGGUAUUGUACGCCAUGUUGGAUUUUGUGAGGAACCAGGAAGUGUGCAGGCAGCGAUGGGAAGCAGCGGAAAAGUGCUGCAACAGACUCGCUGAAGACAACGAGUCCCUGGUUCUGAUGAACUCGGAGCUACAAGCGAAGCUGCGGUACACGAGAGACGUGCUUGAAAAGGAGGUCCAGAGAAGACUGAAAUGCGAAGCUCACUUGAGAGCCCUGCAAGCGCAGCUGGAUCAGAUUCGCUACUGUGUCUUUGGCCAAGGCUUCCAGAACCGAGAGCACCACAUGGUCACAGUCUUGAAAAAUGUCCUCAGUCAGGAUAAUUUUGAGAGCGCUAUGGCCGACAAAUCGGUGCAGUCCGUACUGUCCCCAACAGGCACCACACUCUCGAGUGGGGCACAUCACAGCGGGGAGACGGCUUCGAGGGACAUUAGCGGGGAGGCUCACCACAUGCUGCUCGGUAUGCCGGCGAUACAGUCGCCACUUCCUGCAGCAGGAACGAGGCAGCUCUCUUCUGGGCAAGCUCUUUCGGCAGCUGCACUUUCUGAAUCUGUGUCUUAUAAGCCAGUACCUCCCGGGACUGUCUAUUCGGCGGCAGCUGCAUCUGUUCCUACUAAACCAGCUCUUCCUAGAACCGUACCAGUCGUACAGUUCCCUUCUUCGGCUGUCUCUUCUGGUUCUGACACUCCAAGACACUCCCUACCUAAAUCUGUACCGGUGGCACUAAUCCCUUCCAGAGCUAUUCCUUCCGAAGCUGUCACUUCUGGAGCUGUCGCUCCUGGACCAGCCCCAUCGGGAUCGGUACCAAUGGCACCAGACCCUUCUAGAGCUGUCCAUUCCAGAGCUGUCUACUCUGGUACCGCUCUUUCUGGAUCUGCUGCCGCUGGAUCAUCCGGGACAUUACAAUCAGUACCAGGUCCUCCAAAAGCUGUUCCUUCUGGUGCAGCCACUUCUCGAGCUGUCUCGUCCGGAUCUCUCACUCCUGGACUGGCCUUGCAUGGGUCUGUACCGACGGCGCCGGUACCUCCUGGAUUUAUCCCGUCUGAAACUGUCACAUCUAGCAGUGUUUCCUCGGAAGCUGCCUCCUCUUCUGUGCAUGUCGCUCCUUCAGCACGUUCCUUCAAGCUGGUCCCACCUCCUCCUUUAUACUCCGUUUCUACUGGACAAGUUCUUUCCGGCUCUGUACCUUCGGGACCAGUCUCUUCCGAAGCUGCCUCUUCCACUGGGCAUGUCCGUGCCACGGCUGCUUUGCAUGCCAACUCUGUCAAUGCGAGAUCCAUCCAUACCGAAUCUGUCCGCACUCGAAUUGUUACUGCUGGUGCUGCAGACCCGGUUCCUCUUCCAUGGAUACCUGGCGGGACUGCUGCCACUGGGCCAGAUCGUUGCGGUUCUGUCCCCGCUAGGUCUCCUGGACCUCCCCGUUCCAAACGUGCUGUUGCUGCUGCUGCUGCUGCUGCUGCUGCUGAGCAAAGUUCUCCUGGACUCGGUCCUGCUCCUGCCAAGGUUCACUUUGAGCUUUCCGAUUCCCGAAAGACGAGCGUUUGCAACAGUUCCUGCGAGACCGGUGGGCGUGGCGAGGUGUUUGCCACGACGAUGACCGUGGUGGCGGGUGAGCCUGGCUACGUAGCCACGGUCACGUCCCAGAUGGAAAGCAGCAUCGGCGGCAGCAGCAGCUCGUCUCAGCAGCGGUUUCGGCGCAGCCGCAGUGGGCCGGCCUUGCUUGUUCGGCACUCCUCCCAGAAAGCCACGGAGAAGGCGGCAUCUGUGGUGCCUCCAUCGAGCUCAUCGCUGGACGAGAGCGGCGUGGAGGAAGAGUGCGGCUUUGUCUCAAGGCUGGAACGCAUGGGGCCCCUCAACCGUAGCACGCCCCUCCCCGAGGCAUCCCAGCAGCAGCAGCAGUCGCACACUUUUGUCAGUCGACCCGCUGUUAACCCCGAGAACUGCAUUGCGUGCAACAAGCGCAUCCGCUUCUACAAGGCCUCCUACCAGUGCGGUGCCUGCGGGGUCGUCUGCCACCCCGAGUGCAAGAGCCUUGUACCACUUCCCUGCGGUCUUAGAGCGCCACCUCGUGAGGCCAGGGGCGCAAGUGGCGGUGCGGCAGCGAGGAGCGGUGCUGGUGUUCUGGCCGACUACGCACCUUCCGAGCCACCAUUCGUGACACCUCUGGUGGUGCAUUGCAUUCGGGAGGUGGAACGGAGAUGCCUCCAAGAAAGGGGCCCGCUCUACGGCUCGGUGGCGCCACCCGAGGAAGUGGAUACGCUGCUCGGACGGUUGCUUAGUGGCCAUGACUUGCCCAUUCUGAGUGAUCACAGCUUGCCAGUGGUGUGCGGAGCUCUGAUGAAAUUUCUGGCUACCCUGCGGGAAACCGUCAUCACCAAGGCGGUUUGGCCAUUGUUGGCCGAGGCCGCUGUGACAGGGGACGAGGACAAGGAGAACCGCGUCUGGAAGUUUCUGGACGCCACGUGCCAGUUGCCGGCUGCCAACCGCGCCGUGCUGUCGAUGCUGCUGGUACACCUGCGCUGCGUGUCGACCACGUCGCUUGGCGGCGACGGCCGAUCUCUCGAUGAACUGGCCGCCGUGUUUGCGCCCGUUGUGGUGGGCUGUUCCACGAGCAGCCCGAGUGCCGAGGUACAAGAGAGGGACAGGCCGCUGCAGGAUCUGAUCAUGCACUGCCUGCUUGGUGUACCUGAUGUGUAUUGGAAGGACAAUGCUGCCGCUGGGAGCUAUGAACCAGUGCAGCAGGAAACAAGACCAGGAACGUCGGCUGAGGAUUGCUGCGUAUCGCGGUGGAAGGAGGUCGUCAAGAGAAAGCUAAAGCGAUCAAUCGGUGUGGGCUCCUUAGAGCCUGGAAAUAAGAAGUGAUAGAGUUGCGCACUGAUGCUUCAGUGGAACUCUCCUUUUUUUUUGUUUCUUGAGCACGAGGAUAGUUCUGCUUUUUAUUUAUUGACAUAACUAUUAUGUUUUAACUUAUACGAAGCCCGUACAGGCCGAGCGAUGUG